UCAACAAUAUAGAACUUAUCUACAACCUUAAUAUCGUAUGAGUUUUUGCUAAAAUCUGAACAUUUAGUUCAGUUCAUUGUGGGCAACGGACGAAAUUGGUCGAUUUGGUGCCAUUUAGGCAAAUGCUGUCGAUCAUCUUGCCUGUUAACUGCUGAGUGUUAUCCACAUUUAUUUUCAACUGCUUGUGGAUUUUCAUUGUGUGUCCAAGUGUAGGGUGUUCUUUUUGAAGACUAAUGGAAUGACAAUGGAGGAUGGGGCGCCAAUGCAGGAAGCAGGUAGUUGAAGACCUCAGCUAAUCUCAGACCCUUUCACCUACACAACGGUGUGAAUAAUCGAUUGAUUACCACACAUAAAUAAAUUGUGUAAAGCCGCUCCAAAGGCGCAAGUUAUAUUUGGGACCAUUCCUAGCUCCAAUCAAGAAUCAAAGAGACCAGAGUAAUUUUGAGAAGAGGAAGAAAAUAUUUAUUAUAACCUAGAAUUUUAAUAUAAAAGUAUUUAGUUAUUAAAAUGAGUUUUAACGGCUACAAAGAAACAGUACGCGAUGGGGACACUGUGGUUUUAUACCUGACUAUAUCACAAAUAUAUAGCAUUAAAGCACAAAGUAAAGCCAUUAAUAAAAAAAAUCUAGAAGUGGAAAAUGUGUUCCAAACCCCAUACGGGGCUCUUAAAUGCGGCGAAUUAAUAGGAAAGACGUUCGGAUCGAAAAUAUCUUUAAGUAAGGGAUGGGGAUAUAUUUUGCAACCGACUCCAGAGUUGUGGACCAUUACUCUUCCACAUCGAACACAAAUAAUUUAUACACCAGACAUCAGUAUGAUAAUAAUGCAGUUGGAGCUACGCCCUGGCAGCGUUUUGAUUGAAAGUGGAACGGGCAGUGGUUCAUUGUCGCAUGCGUUUAUCAGGGCGGUGAAACCUCAUGGACAUUUGUAUACUUUCGACUUUCAUGAAGUCCGAAGUAAAACUGCCAGGGAAGAAUUUGAUGACCAUGGAUUAGGGCAAUAUGUAACUGUUGAUCAUCGAGAUGUUUGCGCUACUGGAUUUGGGGACAAUCUAAUCGGGAAAGCUGACGCGGUUUUUCUGGACCUGCCCCAUCCAUGGCUAGCUGUACCUCACGCUACACAUUCUUUGAAACAAACAGGCGGAAGGAUUUGCUCAUUCUCGCCAUGCAUUGAGCAAGUGCAGAAAACUUGCAGCGAGUUAUCCAAAUUGGGUUUUCAGGAAAUCGAAACCAUGGAAGUUCUGCAGACGCAGUACAAUGUACAGACUAGGCAAAUUCCUGUAUUAGACUUAGACUUUUUGAAGACUGCAAAAUCGGAUGCUACUGAAAAAAAGGAGAAAGAGGUACAUAAAACAUUGACCGCCAUUCCACCAGCACAACAACCAGGUCAUACGGGCUAUUUAACUUUUGCUACAUUGUAUCCGAGUUGGACUCGAAAAUGUCUUGAUAAUCAGCAUAU